ACUGGUUAAAAUUUGGUUAAUUAAAUAAUUUUCUUAUGAAAUUUUAGACAAAUGUUCUAUUUUCUUUGUUUUUUUUGCAGUAUUCCUGUCAUAAUACUGUCAAUAUUAACCAUUGUAAACAAUAUUCAAUUACACUAAUUCAACUGAUGUUUUUAGGCGUAUGUUUUACUUUGAAAUUCUUUUUAGAGAUAUAUAUAACCAAUUGGAAAUUGAGGUUAGACUUUGUUUUUCAAUGUAAGAUAUUCAACAGUUCCUUUAUAACUCAAAAGAAAUAUGUAGCCUAUAACUUAUUACCAUUAAUUAGUGUAACAUUCACGUUCAUAAUCACGUGACUCUUGUUAUACUUUCUUAAUUUUUCACUAUUAUUAUUCGAUGGCUCUUACUGUCUCAAAAGUAAGAGCUUUUGAAAUUAGAAUUUAAACUACUCGCUAGGUGUCGCAACUAAAUCAAUAAAGUAGCUAUAGAAAUUUGCAUAUAACCAAAAUUAACAAAACAGAUCUCAUAGUUUCAUAAGCACUUAGGCACUUAGAUAGAUCUGGUCAAAUUUCUUUCAAGAUAUGAGACAGUCAAAAGGAAUCUAUUUCUGUAGUUUUGCUAUAAGCCUUAUGGUUAUAGUUGGAUUUUUUUUAACUCCUAACAAAAACUUUAUGCAACAAAAUGAUAAAAGUAAUUUCAGUACAGAUAUCUUUACAGAUUUAGAAUUUAAAUUAGCGGAUUGUUUUACAAACAAAAGCAUGAUAAAAUCUAUUUAUAGAUGUGGAAGAAAUCAUCAUUUGGUUCCAUUCUUCAAGGAAGACAAUUUCUUUCAAUUUAUUGGUCCUUUUCUACAAAUAUUUUCAAAAAGAUUACAUAAUUUCACUACAGAUGGAUCUAUAAACAACAGAUUUGCUUUAUGGUCAUUCUUGAGGAUAAUGCAACCUGAGCACGUGAUUGAAAGUGGUGCCAACAAAGGUUAUGGAACAUGGCUUAUCCGCAAAGCUCUACCCAAAGCAAGAAUUACAGUGAUUAGUCCAACAACACCAAACCAAUAUUUAGAUAAAAGAAACUCAACGAAAUAUUUUACGAGUAAGAAAUUUUUGGAUUUCAACAGAAUUGAUUGGUCGAAAGAGAAGAUUAAUCGUGAAAAGACAAUCGUCUAUUUCGACGAUCAUCAAUCAGUUUAUAAAAGAAUUGUUCAAGCUGCUAAACACGGAUUCAAGCAUAUCAUUUUUGAUGAUAACUAUCUUGCAGGUUCGACCAGUGGCCUAAGUAAUAAUCUUUCCGUAAGACAGGCUUGCGACGCGGCUGGAUGUCUAGUUAAAGUCUCAUCCCAAUUCUAUACAAAACGAUACAUUGAUAAUUUUGGAUCUAUUAAUAAAUCAUUCGAAUUGAAUUCAGAAUUUCGACAAAAAGUUGGCAGUGAUCUUGACAAAUUACUAUCAGUUAUCUACGAACCACCAUAUCUAUGCGAUGUGUUAAAUUACCCAUCGAAUCCGCAGCAGAAGAUUACUUAUGAACUAUUUAGAAACACUGUAAAUCCUUUGUUGUCAACGAAACACUGCAUUAAUAUUCGAAGAAAUAUAAGAUUACUGUCUAGAGGAUUUGCAAGCUACGCAAACACAGUGUAUGUUCAAUUAAAAUAAAAGUUUUUGAUGGUUGAACAACAAAUUAUUGUAAUAAAUGUUUGGUCGAUUUUUUAUUGUUUGAUUACACAUGUCUUAAACAGACUAUUCAAAAUUUCUUCUACUAUAAAAUCUUUCAUUGAAAUAACAGCUGUAAGAGGAAAAAAUAGCCCCAAUGUUUUGAAUAAAGUUUAAAUGUGACAUAAUUGACUAUGAAUGAAGGAAGGUUAAAGCUUAGAAAUAUUUAUGUAAAUCAAAG